AUGGGCUCACUGCUGCCAAUGCCAAGCGAACCACAUAAAUUCUUACAAAUCUACUUUAUGGGCGGCGAGGAUUCCGGAAGCGCACUUGCCAAUCGCGUGAAUGCACGUUGUGAUUAUAAUAACCUUGAUUCACUUUAUGCCAGGCGCAUCGUCAGCGAGCUAGAUGCUCUUUUGAAUGAGCACAACGAGUUGUUGAAAAUAUUCAAAUCACAUAUGCACCAAUUACAAAGCGAUAAUCACGCUAUCGUCAUUAAUCCUGAUAAAACACCAGCUGGAGAGCAUAUUCGUAGAUUCAAUGCACCCGUUGUUGAUGAUGUUGCUGGAAUCAUGGUUGGCGAUUGUACAGCUGCACGAGAAAUUGUGAUUCGUAGAAGAAAUAAUAAUCUUCAGUUCAUUGCUGACACACAUCGUUCAUAUGACGCUCUCCAAUAUCCGCUAAUAUUCUGGAAGGGACAAGACGGAUAUUGCAUAAACAUAAAACAACGAGAUACCGUAUCAGGAGCUGAAACAAACAAGAACGUUAGCUCAAAGGAUUAUUAUGCGUACCGAUUAAUGAUUAGACGUGGCCUGGACAACGUCAUUUUACGAUGUCGUGAGCUUUGUCAACAAUUCAUGGUCGACAUGUACGCGAAGAUUGAGAGCGAACGACUACGAUACUUACGAUAUAAUCAACAACGGAAGAGUACAUUCAUUUGCGAGACGCUAUCAACAACAACGCCGACGUCGCCGAAAUUGGUAACCAUGUCAUUUUACCAUCAUCAGAUUACAUCUUUGCUACUGCCUGGCCAAAAUGCAAUACAUCGCCAUGACAUUCCAGCACGUGUGUUCAGACAAAAGUUGAAGUCUUUAAUAAGUUUCAUUACUAAAUCACAUGUAUUUGGUCCCACACGUUGCUGGAUGUAUUCGGUUGAGUGGCAAAAGCGAGGAUUACCUCAUGCACACAUUUUGGUUUGGUUUAUCGACAAAAUCCGUCCUGAAGAAAUCGAUAGCAUCAUUUCUGCGGAAAUUCCAGAUCCAUCCACUGACCAACUGCUGUUUGAUAUUGUUACAACAAACAUGAUUCAUGGUCCAUGUGGUACUCUUAAUAGUUCAUCGCCUUGCAUGGCUGAUGGAAAAUGUACUAAAAAUUUCCCUAAAGAUUUUACCAAUGAUACGUUCACAAAUGUCGACGGAUACCCAAUAUAUCGUCCAAGAAAUCCUGAAAAUGGCGGACAAUCAUUUAUUAAAAAUAUCAUCAACACAGACAUUGAUAUUGACAAUCGUUGGGUGGUGCCAUAUUCGCCUCUGCUGAGCAAGACAUAUAAUGCUCAUAUUAAUGUUGAGUUCUGCAGUUCUGUGAAGAGCAUCAAAUACAUUUGCAAGUAUGUCCAUAAAGGCAGUGAUAUGGCUGUGUUUAGAGUGGAAAAUACUAAUGUGAAUGCUCCUCCAGUGAAUAAAAACGAUGAAAUAACGCUCUACCAAAUUCGUCGGUACAUCAGCUCCAAUGAAGCUGCUUGGCGUAUCUUUGGUUUUCCAAUUCAUGAACGGGAUCCAGCAGUUGUUCAGUUAGCCAUCCAUCUUGAAAACGGUCAGCGUGUAUUUUUCACGAACGAGACAGCGAUUGAUCGUGCAAUAAAUCCACCUAAAACUACACUCACUGUAUUUUUUGAAUUGUGUAAUCGUGCGGAUGAUUUUGGUGCCUUUGCACGAACAUUACUCUAUUCACAAGUACCACGCUAUUUCACAUGGACUCAAACAAAAACAUGGAUGCCCCGCAAGCAAGGCUCACCAGUUGCUGCAUGUCUCAAUUUAUUUAAAUCAAACGCCUUGGGGCGAUUAUUUACAGUCAAUCCAAGACACACGGAGUGCUUUUAUCUUCGACUGUUGUUGGUUAAUGUUACUGGCCCAUUAUCAUUUCAAGAUAUACGUAAAGUGAAUGGGCAACAAUAUCCAACGUAUAAAGAUGCAUGCCUUGCACUCGGCUUGCUGGAAGACGACAACCAGUGGGAAUGCAUGCUUGCUGAAGCUGCAUUGAACUGUACAGCAAUACAAAUUCGUCUACUAUUCGCUAUAGUGUUGACUACAUGUUUCCCAGCCCGAGCACAGAUAUUAUGGGAAAAUCACAAAGAUUCAAUGACUGAUGAUAUAUUGCAUCAACAUCGUAUACGGUGCCACGAUCUAACCAUAACAUUCAGCGACGAAAUGUACAAUGAAGCAUUGAUUGCUAUUGAGGAUCUUUGCAUUGUCAUUGCCAACUUACCACUUAGUAAUUUCGGUAUGAAUUCGCCAAAUCGAACUGCAUCUGAUUUAAUGAAUACUGAAAUGAAUCGUGAACUGCAGUACAGUACUGUAGAAAUAGCAGCGAUUGUUGCCCGCAAUGUCCCACUAAUGAAUGAGGAACAAAGAACCAUUUAUGAUCGCAUUAUGCUCGCAGUUUCAGCUGGACAAGGUGAGUUCUUCUUUUUGGAUGUACCGGGUGGAACUGGCAAAACAUUCGUUAUUUCGCUAAUUCUUGCUGAAAUACGAUCAAAUAAUGGCAUCGCAUUGGCCGUUGCAUCAUCGGGCAUUGCAGCAACUUUAUUGGAUGGAGGUAGAACAGCUCAUUCAGUAUUUAAGCUGCCACUAAAUAUUCAGAAUAACCCUGACGCAGUAUGCAACAUUAAGAAACAAUCGUCCAUGGCCACUGUGCUGAAACGGUGUAAAAUUAUUAUUUGGGAUGAAUGUACUAUGGCACACAAACAUUCACUUGAGGCGUUGAACAGGACAUUGAAAGAUAUUAAAAACAGUGACAAACUAUUUGGCGGAACUCUGUUGGUCCUUUCAGGUGAUUUCAGACAAACACUUCCAGUCAUUCCACGUUCAACAUACGCUGAUGAGAUCAACGCUUGCUUAAAAUCAUCUCCAUUGUGGCGUAAUAUUGAAAAAUUACAGCUAAAAAUAAAUAUGCGCGUUCAAAUGCUUCAAGAUCCAUCCGCUGAAACAUUUUCAAAACAGCUUUUAGAUUUCGGUGAUGGAAAAGUUGGUAUAGAUGAAACUGGAUACGUAAAAUUACCGACCGAUUUCUGCACAAUCGCUGAUUCGCAAGAUACUCUCAUUGAACAAAUAUUUCCCGAUGUACACACACAGUACAUAAAUCAUGAGUGGCUUGCAGAAAGAGCGAUUUUAGCGGCAAAAAAUGUAGACGUUGACAAUUUAAAUCUGAAGAUACAAAUGUUGUUGCCAGGGAACUUGGUAUCAUAUAAAUCUAUUGAUACCGUUUGCGACGACAGCGAAGCAGUAAAUUUUCCCACAGAGUUUUUGAACUCACUGGAUUUGCCAGGCAUGCCACCACAUAAUUUACAAUUAAAGAUCGACUAG